GCCUCUGUCCUUUGCCACAAACAUGAGGUUCACGUUCCCUCUCAUGGCCAUUGGCCUGGAAGUUGUCAUGAUUGUUUUAUUUGCAUUAUUUGUUCAGUAUGACACGGGUUCGAACAGUUCCAAGGCCAACAGCACCGAGUCACCUGCCAUAGAUGUGGAAACAUCCAUGGACUUGUAUCCUCACUUCCAAGAUGUGCACGUUAUGGUAUUUGCUGGGUUUGGCUUCCUCAUGACCUUCUUGCGGAAAUAUGGCUUCAGUGGUGUGGGCUUCAACCUACUCAUUGCUGCUCUGGGACUCCAAUGGGGCACUUUUAUACACGGGAUCUUUUAUAGCCACGGACAGAAAUUCCAGAUAGAAAUCAAAAGCAUGAUAAAUGCAGACUUCAGUACAGUUGCAGUUCUGAUUUCUUUUGGAGCUGUCCUGGGAAAAACAAGUCCAAUCCAGAUGUUGAUCAUGACAAUUUUAGAAAUUACUGUCUUUGCUGCCAAUGAAUAUCUGGUUUUUGAGAUAUUUUUGGCUUCUGAUAUUGGAGAAUCAAUGACCAUCCAUGCCUUUGGGGCUUACUUUGGUUUGGCUGUAGCCGGCAUCUUGUAUCGAUCAAAAUUGAAAGAAGGACAUCCCAAUGAAGAGUCUGUAUACCACUCGGACUUGUUUGCCAUGAUUGGGUCUCUUUUCUUAUGGAUAUUUUGGCCUAGCUUUAAUUCUGCCAUCACUGAUAAUGAAAAGAAACAGUACAGGGCCAUCGUGAACACGUACUUCUCCCUCGCGGCCUCCGUGGUCACGGCCUACGCAUGUUCCAGCCUUCUCGAGAGCCGAGGCAAGCUCAAUAUGGUUCACAUUCAGCAUGCAAGUCUGGCUGGAGGAGUAGCUGUGGGCACUUGUGCGGACAUGGAGAUUUCCCCCUAUUAUGCUAUGAUUAUCGGGAGCGUUGCGGGAGUGGUCUCCGUGUUGGGGUUCAAGUCCCUGACUCCACUUUUUGCUACUAAACUGAGGAUCCAUGACACAUGCGGGGUCCAUAACCUACAUGGCUUACCUGGUGUGAUAGGAGGUCUUGCCAGCAUCAUCAUCUUGGCCUUGGAGAGCUCUGACCCGGCUAAGAUGGCCAGUCAGGCAGCUGCGCUAGGUUCUUCCAUUGCAACAGCACUUGUUGGAGGGCUAAUCACAGGUGCAAUUCUAAAGAUACCUAUCUGGGAACAACCAUCUGAUGAGGACUGCUAUGAUGAUUCUGUUUAUUGGGAGGUUCCAAGGAGGACAGAAUAUGACAACCGUUUCCAUGACCUUCUCGAUUUCACCCCAUUAGAACAUGAAGCCUAAAAGCCUGUGCCUCAGCUUCUUUUUCCAUUAUCUAGACUUGAAACAAAAUGGCAGCAUCCAACGAGUAUAUGAAAUGGGAUGGAUAGAACCUGAGCCCCACAUAUCUAGUGUGAAAACAUUUUAACAAAACCUAGAGCUGUCUCUUCGUAUCAAUGAUUGUUUAAUUGAAGAAAUGUGACUCAUACAACAGAUGGUCAAAUGGAUUCUUGCCAGUGGGUAGAUACAGGGUGAAUUACUCCAUGUAUUUUCUUGUAUUUUUUUCCACAUGGAGGAGAUUUUACAAUGAAACCAGCACUUUCUAAUCAUGUCAGUUCCUUAAUGUACAUACUAUGUCUUCAAUCCCAAAGAUUAUAACUGAAGCCAAUGAAACAAUAAUUUAUGUAACAAAUAAGAAGGAAAUGUAUGUAUAUAAACAGUAAUAUGAUUUUUUUUGAUAGUGCUUUCUGGAUUUUAAAAAUAGUCUAUUUUAGAAGAAUUGUGUUUUAUUUGGCAGACUUGCUGAGGAUUUAAGUUCAGGAGGCAGUCUCUGAAAUAGCUCUGAGGACUGUUCCAAAGAGUGGGAGCAGUGGGGGGCGGCAAGAUACAUAGGAGUUUUGCAACAAAGACCAGGUGAUCAGAACAUCAAAAAAUUACUGUUAAUUAAAGAAAACCAGGUAUUUCAAGUUAAUGAAUUUAGCUCUUUUCUAAGUAUGGGAAGAUGCAAGAGUCUGAGCUCACUGAAAUCAUUCAUUUGAUUUGCACCUUCGCUCUCUAGAGUCAAGUCUUGUUCUUUUCCUUCCUGAGUCCCCUCAAGGUACACUGUUGAAGGUGCUUGCAGUGACUGAGGGCUUGAUGGUGGCAUUCUGUGUUUUCAUCCUGAGUUCCUUCAAGGCUCACCCUUGGGAACAGAGUUGGUGGCUGAUGGCUGCAACAUCCUUUGUAUUCUGAUAUGGCAGGCAAUAUUUUUCAUUCACAUUUUGAAUAUCCUUAUAUUCACUUCUUUUGCAUGUUUACUAUUUGAAACAAGAGCUCAAAUGCUAUCUGACCAAAGGCUAUUUUGUAUAAAAUGCCAGUGGAUUAAAUGUCAUUAUAAA